UUUUACAUAAGCUCUCUGCUUCCCUCCAUAUUUAUUUAUCGAAAGAAAAAUUAAGAAAAGAGAAUAUGGUGAGCAUCGUUGUACACAAACCAAGCUUCUCUUAUCCAUCUGUAUCGUCUUCUUCAAUGAAAAAGAAACCCAGACAUCACCAACAGUUGAAGCAACAAAGACAAAAUCAAUAUGAUAACAACGGAUUCACUUCCCUCUCUUUCACCAAACCAUCUCCCACUCCAAUCUUGAUCGGAAAACAAUCAAUUCACCGGACCAAACUCGAAGCUUUAGACUCCGUCAUUACAGACCUCGAAACCUCCGCUCAGAAAGGUAUCUCGUUCAGCGAACCUGAGAUUUUCGCUUCUCUUCUCGAGACUUGCUACAGCUUAAGAGCCAUUGACCAUGGCGUUAGAGUUCAUCACCUUAUACCUCCCUACCUCUUGCGCAAUAACCUGGGGAUUUCAUCGAAGCUUGUUAGGCUCUAUGCGUCUUGUGGCUACACGGAGGUUGCACACGAGGUGUUCGAUCGAAUGUCUAAGAGAGAAUUGUCGCCUUUCGCUUGGAACUCUCUUAUAUCAGGCUACGCGGAAUUGGGUCAGUACGAAGAUGCUUUGGCUCUCUACUUUCAGAUGGCUGAAGACGGGGUCAAACCAGACCGGUUCACUUUCCCACGCGUCUUAAAAGCUUGUGCAGGAAUUGGGUCUAUUCAGAUUGGAGAUGCAAUUCAUCGUGAUUUGGUUAAGGCAGGUUUCGGAUACGAUGUCUAUGUGCUAAAUGCUCUUGUUGAUAUGUAUGCAAAAUGUGGGGAUAUUGUUAAAGGAAGGAAUGUAUUUGAUAUGAUUCCUCACAAAGACUAUGUUUCCUGGAACUCCAUGUUAACUGGUUACCUUCAUCACGGAUUAUUACUUGAGGCGUUGGACAUUUUUCGUCUAAUGGUUCAAGAUGGGAUUGAGCCUGAUAAGGUUGCUAUCUCCAGUGUUCUGGCUCGUGUUUUGUCUUUCAAGCAUGGGCGUCAGUUACAUGGAUGGGUAAUUAGGCGAGGAAUAGAGUGGGAGUUAUCGGUUGCGAAUGCUUUGAUUGUUUUUUACUCCAAAAGGGGACAAUUGGGUCAAGCCUGCUUCAUAUUCGAUCAGAUGCCCGAGAGAGACACCGUAUCUUGGAAUGCUAUUCUCUCUGCUCAUUCUAAAGAUUCCAAUGGUUUAAAAUAUUUUGAGCAAAUGCAGCGUGCUAAUGCUAGACUUGAUGGUAUCACGUUUGUCUCGGUUCUAUCUAUAUGUGCUAAUACAGGAAUGAUCCAAGUUGGAGAGAGACUGUUCUCUCUGAUGUCGAAGGAGUACGGGAUAGACCCGAAGAUGGAACAUUAUGCAUGUAUGGUGAAUCUCUACGGAAGAGCAGGGAUGGUGGAAGAGGCUUACUCAAUGAUUGUUCAAGAGAUGGGGUUUGAGGCUGGUCCAACUGUUUGGGGAGCGUUGUUAUACGCUUGUUAUCUCCAUGGCAAUGCAGAUAUAGGAGAGGUUGCUGCUCAACAUCUUUUCGAGUUGGAACCUGAUAACGAACACAAUUUCGAACUGUUGAUGAGAAUUUAUAGUAAGGCGAAGAGAGCAGAGGAUGUUGAGAGAGUAAGGCAGAUGAUGGUGGAUCGAGGAUUAGAGACAUAAACUGGUUCUACUUAACAGCAAUAACCAUGGCCAGAAACCUUGGAGAGGAAGCAAGUGGUGGUGAUACAGAGUUUAUUAAAGCCUCUUGUGAGACAACGUCAUAUCCGGAG